AUGGAUUACUUCAAGUGGAUUAAAGCGAUUAAGUAUGAUCAUAAACCUACGAAUAUUUGUUCCGAUUGUCAUCUGCUGUUCAGUUCACUAGAGAGUAUCGAAAAGCUGACUAAAAAAGUGGCAGAAAAUCCUUUAGUUGCUGAACUAUUGUAUGAUUUUAGUAUUAGUGCUAGUUCUAUCUUGAUGUGGAUGAAACAUUUGAUUCGUGACGUGCAACAGAGGCGAGCAAAAUCUGAUGCUAUGGAGAAGCUUGAUAAUGACACUGACUUUUGUAUAAGAGAUUGGAGUCAAAAAAUAUUGCCCAUGCAAUUUCGAGAGCCUCAGAAAGAUUAUUUUGGCAAACGAGGUUUUUCAGAGCAUAUAGACGUAUUUUUCACAAAAGAUUCGAACCAUAAUAUCAUCAAACAUGUUUAUUUUACUAUGCUCACUCAAUCUGACCAAUCCACUGCUGAUACCCUAGCCAUCUUCGAGCAUGUACUGAAACAGUUUCAUCCUGAUAAUCCACACAUAAGAAAACUGUACGUUAAAUCUAAUAACGACGGUUGUUAUGCAGGCAACUCGUAUGCUGAACUUAGUCAUUCGAUAUGUAAAUCACUGGGUAUUGAACUUCUUCGGCAUGAUUACAAUGAGCCUCAACGAGGAAAAGAUCAAUGUGAUCGUGAGUCAGCAAAUUUGAAAAACAGAAUUCGUACCUGUAUGGAUGAUGGUCAUAACGUUACUUCUGUUGAAGAGCUAUUUGAAGCUCAUAUGUACAUGGGCGGAAUUCGAAAUUCUGCAUCUAGUGCAGUUGCGAUAAACAAAACGCAACAAAAGAUGACGGGAUCGACAAUUAAAAAUAUUAGUUUCUACCACUCUGUAGAGUUCGAGAAAACGGGGAUGCGUUUUUGGUAG